CGGUACGGGCCCCGCCGGGAAGCGGCGGUACCAUAGAGAGGGAGAGCUAGAGGGGCGGCCGCCGGGGGCAGCCUGGGCGGAGUGGGGCCGGUGGCGGUGUUGCCCCAUGGCGACGUGGGGGCUGCUGCUGCGGGUGGGGCCGCGGCUGCUCGGGGAACGCCGGGUCCGGGUAUCGCACUGCUUGCUCCGAAGAACGCUUUUUGGAUAUCCCCGGACGAAAGCGGGUUGUGCUGGGACCCAGCAGACAGAUGUUGGCUUGAGGCUCUGCAGGCCGCGAAGCUCCACCACAGCUGCCGGUGCACCUGGAGAGGACAUCUGGCUGAAGUGGGGCCUCCUCCUCGUGCCCCUGACCGCGUUCUGUCUCGGCACGUGGCAGGUUCAGCGUCGAAAGUGGAAAUUAGAUUUGAUUGCACAGCUGGCAUCCAGACUUUCGUCAGAGCCCAUCCCUCUGACAUUAGACCCUAUGGAGUUGAAGGAAUUGGAGUACAGGCCUGUAAAGGUCCGAGGGCAUUUUGACCACUCCAAGGAGCUCUACAUUUUACCACGGUCACUUGUGGACCCUGAGCGAGAAGCCAGAGAAGCUGGGAAGUUGACAUCCCACGCAGAAAACGGAGCAAAUGUCGUUACUCCUUUCUACUGCACAGAACUAGGGGUCACGAUUUUAGUCAACCGAGGAUUUGUGCCCAAAAAGAAACUGAAACCAGAGACCAGGCUGAAGGGACAGAUUGAAGAAGAAAUUGAUCUCACGGGGGUGGUGAGGUUAUCAGAAAAACGGAAACCCUUUGUACCCGAAAAUAACAUUGAAAAAAACCGCUGGCACUAUCGUGACCUGGAGGCUAUGGCAAAGGUGACCGGUGCUGAGCCCAUCUUCAUUGAUGCCGAUUUCAGAAGCACGGUCCCAGGAGGGCCCAUUGGAGGCCAGACAAGAGUGAGCCUGAGAAAUGAGCACAUGCAGUACAUCGUGACCUGGUAUGGUUUGUGUGCUGCAACUUCAUUCAUGUGGUACAGAAAAUUUAUACAAAAAAUACCUGUAUGAGGACAAGGAUUAAUAUCUACUCUCCUGUACUGUAGUCAAGACUGCAGUCUGAUCAAUCCUGAAGAAUUCAGUCUCAGGGCACGGGACUUCCCAGCUGAUGCUGGCAGCAGUUUGAAAGCACUGAACUUCAGAAUUAGUGGUGGCUGUUGAGACACUUGCUUACAUCAGCUUUCUGGAUAUCUCAAGGAUGGAUUUUCCUAUUGUUGGGCAGAGUUUGGUCACAAGCUACAAAACCUUUUCUUCUCCACUGCUGUGUUUUUUAUGCUCCGUCUCAGCAAAUAACAGCAAGGGAUUUUAUGAAUCAAAAUUUUUCAGAGUAGUCAUUCCUGAAGUCAAGACUGAUGCACUGCAGUUGCAUCAGGAUCAAUAAAACAGGCCUGCAAGUA